GCGCGUCGUUGUUGUCGGUAGCCGCCGCCGCCGCCGUCGUACUCUCUCGCGAGCGCCUCGCGCAUUACCGCUACGGUACGCUCGACGAUCAGUUCAGUCAGCUCGGCCGCACCAACCUGUCGUCACUUCCGCGUCUGUCGGCGCAGUCGUCGUCGUAGUCUUUUCGUCGACCGGUGUUUUGAUUUAAUUUUCGCCUCCACUCGCCGAAAAACAUCGAUUCAACCGCGAAUUUGAUACGAUUUUUUUCUUCUCGUUCGCGACAGACCAGCACGUGACAUUCGCUUCACAUGCGUUUUCCGACGUUUGUCUCCACAUUAUUCCAUAACACUAUCCGCACGGUAUACAAUAAUAUCUACUUACCUUAAUUGUUAUCGUCGUCGACACCGUUAUCACAAAAUAUUUGUCGCGGGGGAAGCUGCGAAGACAUAUCACAAGGAUCGCGGGACCAGAGAGAUAUUGUGGCCUCUUGGUUGGCAUCUUCACUGUGACCACGAUGUUUCGCGCACGGACCGUGUAAGCCACACCGAAUCAAAAUGUUUGCGACCAACCGCGUCUCGGCCACGUGGGCCUUCACCAUAUUGGCCGUGACCGCGAUGAUACGGGCCCACUGCCCGUCCAACUGCUCGUGUGACGAUGACACGCUGGUGGUGCUGUGCAAAGAAGGCAACCUAGACGUGAUCCCGAUCACGCUGAACCCGUCCAUCCAAAGACUGAUGCUCAUGUACAACCGCAUCAAGAUCGUGGACGCGUCGUUCCAGUUUUACGGCGCCCUGCAGUACGUGGACAUAUCACAUAACCACCUGGUGAACAUACCCAACAAAGGAUUCGAGGCCCAGGAUAAGCUCGUCGAGCUCCACCUGAACUUCAACAAGAUCUCGUCGAUGAACAACAAGACGUUCAUCGGGCUAGCGUCGCUCACCAUACUAAACCUGCGCGGUAACUAUCUGGAAGACUUACCCGACCGGCUGUUCGCCGCGAUGCCCAAGCUCGAGGAACUCGACUUGGGCGCCAACCGCAUCACCCGCAUCGAUCCGGCUUCGUUCCAGGGCCUGACUCGACUCCGGGUGCUGUACUUGGACGACAACCAGCUCCGGGCUGUACCCACGCCCGCAUUCAAGUUCCUAGGAAACUUGGCCGAGAUGCGCAUCGGCCUGAACGCGUUCACUACACUGGACGACGAUUGUUUCGCGGGGCUCGGCCGUCUGUCCGUGCUCGAGCUUACCGGAGCGGCGUUGAUCAACAUCAGCACCAACGCGUUCAAGGGACUGACCGUGCUCAGGCGGCUGGUGCUGACGGACAACCGGCUGUCGGCCAUACCCACCAAACAGCUGUCCGACCUGAACAGGUUGGAAGACCUGUGCGUGGGUCAGAACGACUUUGUGACGAUCGAACCGAACGCGUUCAAAGGACUGGCAAACUUGCGAUCGAUCGAUGUGUCCGGCGCGUCUCAGCUGUCCGUCAUAAAAAAGGGCGUGUUCAACGACAACCUCAACCUGGAAACGAUAAACUUCAGUAGCAACAAACAGCUGGCGACCAUCGAAAACGGUGCGUUCAUGGGGCUUCCCAACCUCCGUAAUCUGAUAAUGCGCAACAACGCGUUCACGUCGUUCGCCGAGGGGAUGGUCACGUGGCAGGAAUUGCAGCAGAUCGACCUGACCGAAAACCCGCUGGUGUGCGAGUGUUCGGUUCUGUGGCUCAAAGAGCUGCUGGCCCGCCGCAACACCAGCCACGUGAACUGUGCCAGCCCGGCACCACUCAAGGAUAAACCGCUCAACUCUCUCGGGUCCGACGACCUGUCAUGUGCCAAAUACUACACCAGGCAACAGGCCAUCGUGGGCGCGGUGUUCGGGUGCACAGUGGCGUUCAUAGCGCUCAUGUUGCUGUUGGCGUACCGGUUCCGGAAGCGUCUGCACCAUUCGCUGAAGAAGACGUUCUGGAACAAGGAGACGGUAAACCGGAAGGACCUCGAAUACCAGAAGACGUUCUCGGACGACGAGUUCAUCGUCCGGAAUUCUAACACGCAACACCACGCCGGUCCUCACGGCAACCAAACUCAACAGCAACAGCAGCAGCAGCAGCAGCAGCAAUACCACCACCACCACCAGCCCCAACACCACACCCCGCAGCAGCACAACCAGUACCACGGUGGCGUACAGCAUCACGGCCAGCAGCAGCAGCACAAGCAGCAGCACCACCACCUCCAAAACUUUCAGCAGCACAUUCAGCAGCAGCAACACCAGCAUCACGGCAACGACCAUCACAUGAUGAUGAUGAUGUCGCCGGCACCGCCGCCCCCACCUCCGCCGCCGCUGCACCACGGCACGUACAGUCAUCACAACCAACACUUGUAUCAGCCGCAACAGCCGCGCCACCAGAACACGAUGCCGCACCGCAACGAUAAGCCCAUACCGGUCACGGAACUGUAGCUAGAGCUUUUCGCCUCGACGCCGACGGGCGAGAGGCGAUACCAGACCGCCGGCACGUCCGACGGUACAACUAAUGUCACCGGUUUUUCGUACAUAUCCGGCGAAAUAAGCAAAUACGGAGGCGGCGGCCAAACGCUGAACAACCGAUCUCUGCCACCGCCCGGUUACCGCGUCUACCACCCGCACUCUCUCCGCCGUUUCUGCGACUCUUAAGCCCAGCCACAAACAAUACACACUUGCCGACGACCCCGUUCUACUUGUCCCUCUGCCCCUGACGACCCCAAUCGCACUGACAAAAAAAAAAUCCUACUUGCGCACGAUCCCCUCGCCACCCUCCACCACCUGACACGUCAUCCACUGAUAACCCGAUCUCCGGCUCGAGUGCUACUCGGACGUCGUGUUGUCGUCUCGACCGUGCCGGUGGCUGUGGAGAGGAGGAGAGGUCAAGUGGCCUUUGUAAACCAGUUAUGCGUCUCAACGAUCGCGUAACACGCAAAGCACGCGCUACGCCUCGUUGUAGGCACGUGUCGGUAUAUAUAUAGUAAUAUAUAUAUAUAUAUCGUUUGAUAAGAAAUUCGAAAGAGUAAAGACUGCAGUCGUUGUGUUUCAUGGGAUACGUUCACGAUCGAGUCCGAAAAAAUAUUCAAUAUAGGAAAACCAAUGCCGUCGCGGCCGCCGCUACCAACACAUCAACAAUUUACGUGUGUUUGGAGAACGUUGGACACUCACACACACACACACACACACUCACACACAGAUCUAGAUCUAGUCGUAGAAUAUUAGUAUAAAAGAUUAAUUUGCAAAAAAAAAAUUUAAGUUUUGUAAAAAAAGAUAAAUUAAUCAUUUUCCUUGUUGUAUUCUGUUCGAAUAUUUAUGUGAUCCAUUGUACGAGUCAGGCGUUCUUCUAUAAAUUAAUAAAAGUAUUGCUGUUGUAAUCCAAACCCGACGAUUUUUUUUUUGUGCUAAUAAUGAUCAAUUUUAGAAAUCGUCAUUAUAUUAUGUGUAGCUCUCUACUUUUUAUAAAAUUAUUAUUACUAUCAUAAUAUGUAUGUUAUACAUUAAUAUUUAAAAUAACUUACUUAACAUAAUAAUUAUUCUCUUUUUUUAUAUAAUAUUAUACUAUUCAAUACGGUUUCAUAGUGUAUUAUACGUCAUUAUGUUAUAAUGGUAUUUUUCUAAAAAAAAAAAAAGUUUAAAAAAAAUGAAAUAAAGAAAAUUCAUUUUGAUUAUUAGUAGUGUUGUUAGGGUUGAAAAAAAAUAUUAUUAUGCAACUAUUAUAAUACGUCUUUGUGCUUAUACGGAAUGUUUUCAAUUAAGUAGCUUUAGAAAAAUAAAUGCACAUAACAAUGUUAUCUAAUGAAAAUCUGUUGCAUUUACCCGUAACGAAAUGCAUGGCCGACCACUAAACAUCGGUGUCGCAUGCACUGUGUCGAUAUACAUUAUGUAUUUCCCCACAUAUCACACGGCCAGAUUCCCGUAGAGUAGUGACACACACCACACUCUCCACCGGAUAUAUAAUAUUAUUCUCUCUGCUGUCUAUCGUCGCCGUUGGAUAAAUGAAAAAAUAAAUGUUUAAAACGAUCUUUCACCGUUUAUUGGUAAAUUAAAUUAUUAUUAUUAUAAUUCUUUUUUAUCACUCGUUUUCCAAUAGAGGCUCAACGGUCAUUCGAUGUCAAUGAUGCGAUCCCAUUUCCACGGUCUCGCUUUCUAUUAAUUUUUAAUUUUUAAUUUUUUUACUUAUUAUUAUUCGAUAACAAUAUCUAUACACAACGAUAUCAGUGUUAUUUUUCCACCCACUUGCCGCCCAUCGCUCCAAGCUCAUAAUAAUCUCAUAUUUAAUUAUUGUAUACGCGUAUAUCGUAGACCGUUUCCGAGCGACAAUCUGUCGAGUACUUCGAAUCUGUCCUCACUUGAGUGCAUAAGGUGCUUUUACAACACACACGCGGCGACGUCGAGCAACACUCUAUAUGGACGGUGUUUAAAAACCGUGUACCCUCCGCCGGCGCGUUUGAAAAUGUUUAAAUGGCCCCCACUCGACCGCGUUAGGUAUUUGUCGAUCAACAUACAUCGACGGCUGCUUCGUACAACGGUUUUAAACGAAACACGACAACCGCACAGGUAUAUUGUGUUGUAGUACUGCAAUAGUGGUUGUGACGGUUAUUAGAUGCCGUCUUCCAUCGAUUUUUCGGUCGGUUUUUAUUAAAGCGCGUUUAACGAUUCAAAACAGCCGAUGCAACACACGAUAAAACAAAAUAAUGUUAUGUAAACGAAUGGGUCGCGUAGCAUUACGGUUUAACCGCGGUUCGGUGCAGUUAAAAACAAAAAAAAAAAUAAAAAUGAAAACGUCGUAAACGACUAUAAAGCCUCUGUGAUAAUGAUAUUUUUGCGUGUGCUUGUCAUUUCAACAGUAUAUAAUAACGAUGAUCGUUUUGAUUAAUCAUCUCUACGUGCCCCCACUCCCGGCGAAAACGCAUUCAAUUCCUACCCAGUACGUAAUACCUACUGUGUUGGCGCGCGCGUACAUCUGACCUCUGCAGAAUUGUCACAUACUUUUAACUUGAAUUAAUUACACGUAAAUUUGAAUUAAUUUUUAUUAUUAUUUUUUUUUUUACUCGCAAAAAUAAUUAACAACGACCCUUCUUCCGACGCGUUUCUCUUCACGCAAUUUUUUUUUCAACUACUCACAGCCUUCGGCGAAAUAUUUAACCACAAAGGCGCUCUAUUAUUCAUGGCCGUAUGAACUUCAUUAUUUGUCGCUAUCAUUUUUUUUUUUUUGUAAAGCUCUACAAAAACCUCUUUUAUUCGUCGAAACAUCGUAUUAUUUGGAUUAGGUACAAUUAAUUUAUAAGGAAUUUACGUCGUUUCAACGCAUUGCCCUGUCUAUUUUGAAGUUUACAAACACAAUUAAAAGUUGACGCUCAUAUUCGGUUAACACAACACAUAAAUGACAAUAGCAUUUUUCGAGAAAGAGGUUUACAAAAGUGACGGUUAUGAAAAAUCCGUUUGUCCGAUAUUCAAAUACAAUAUGACCACACGACAAAGCUUAAUUAUGUAUUUUAAUUUUUAACUAGUCAAUUGGGAUGUUAAUAUAUACGUAACACACUGUUGGAAAGUGAAAAUAAACAAACAGCUUGAGAUAUUUUAAAAAGUAUUACUAAAAUAAAUAUAUAUAUUUUUUCUUUUUUUACCUAUAACAGUUACUAAAUAAUCAUUCGUUGGUGUAAUUAUUUUUCUUAAUUUAAAAUUAACAUAAUCAUUAUUACGGAGAAUAAUAGCGCCUUAUCUAUUGCCAUAAAUAAAUAGGUCAAAUAUACAUACAUAUAAAUAUACUAGCACGUGUAUACCAUGUACUACAUUGAUAUAUAUAUAUAUAUAUAUAUAUAAAUAUAUUUAUUAUUGUAAGUGUGAAAAUAAGAACGACCACAUUGCUUAAUUGUGUCAGUUAUCUUUAUUUACUGAUUUAUUGGUUUAUACCUAUACCGUAUCAGGCCACUAUGCAUUACUACGAUAUUAUAUUUGUUUAUUGUAUGACGGUAAUAAUAAUAUUAUAUUAUAUUAUAUUAUUAAAACAAUCGUACAACACGUACCAACAGGCAAACGAACGGUCGUGUAAAAAAUUAGUAUUUUUUUUCAAACCUACCUUCUUUUAAUACUGUAUAAUAUAAUACAAUAUUCUUAUUAUAUUAUAAUAAUGUAAUAUUUUUACAUUAUAAGUGAAAAUCUUGAUUUCCGUGUUUGUUUCGUAUUAUAUAUAUAUAACAUUAUUACCUAUAUUAUUAUUAUUAUUAUUAUUAAUUAUUAUGUGUAUAAUAUAUAUUAUGUAAAAUGCAUAUCAUUUGUAUUUGAUUAGGCUAUAGUUGCGAGCGCGAUUGCUCGAAUUAUUCGAGUUAUAACGUUGUAUUAUUUUGUACUUAUAUAUAAUAUUAUAGUGUAUAAAAAUGUAUAAUUGUGUACUGUACAGAAUGUUAAUUAUAUUUGAUGCUCAUAAAAUUACAAA